GUGGCAGUACAGGCGAUGUCUGCGGUCGAAGAUGACUCCGGGCAGCGCCCUGGACCGUAAGGACUGUAGGCAAAGCGGCAUCCCCGAGAGUUUUAAGCGGGUGACGCAGUUUGCCCACACCCACGAUAUUGAGUGGCGUGAGCUCACCCCUCGGCCCGAGGCUGGGGUCGGUGACACCCUCUUGUUCUGCAAGAACUGCUGCCAGUAUGCCACCUCGAAGCCGCUGGGGCUGGGUAAAGCUUGCCCCAGCUUGAGUGUGGUCGGCUGGCAGCGUAAUGAAGCUGCCCAGCACAAGAUGCGCAGUUUCCUUCAGGGCAAGCACCCCAAGUGCGGCCAGAGCGAGAUGAUAAUCGCGCACUGGCCCCUCUUAGCUCAGGAGCCAGAGCCGCCAAAGGAGCCCGAGCCGCCCAAGGAGCAGGAGGCGGACGCGGUGGAGGACCCCAGACCGAAGGUGAGUCCUGGAAGUUUCGUGGUCAGUGCCACCGACGCCACUCUCAACGUCAUGCCCAGCUGCGGCGGCAGGCUGUUGAUGUCGCUGAGCGACGCCGGCUUCCAGUGCCUCGCCCCGCAC